CUGCCCUAUGAGUUGAAUAAGCACUCCUCCUCCAACUCAACCCCAGAUUUUAGGGCUCUCCCUUGGAAACAGUCCCUGCAGGGGGGGGCUUUUCCAGAGACCGAACCGGAUGAGAAGCCAUACCCUUCCAACCCUCCAACCUUUCCUCCCCUGGAGUGUUCUAACUAUGGUGAGCUCAGUCAAACUUGGCUCUCGCAGCUCCCUGCCGCUGGCGGAACGUUUAUGGGAGCAUCCCGGGGACCACGAAACUCAAGCCGCCUCGCUGGCGGGGCCGCUUUCUCGUCCGUCAAAGCUGGUAGCUCACAGUCCACAACUUUUACGCACAGGAAAAUCAAGGUUCAGCCAGACCCCGGGUCUGGCCGCGCGGAUCAUCUCCCCUCCUGCUUUUUUGGACAUCAUGCUCUUGGCUGUGUCGGACAGCUCGGACGCCCGCUGUCGUCUUGGAGCGGGGGACCCUGCCUUUUCUUUUUCUUCCUGUCUUCCUGCCCCUCCGUACGAAUACCUCUUCGUCCGUCAGGCUCCAUCUUCACUCGGCCCUCGGGGCGGCCCCCGACCAUGGGUGAAUGGCAGCAACGUUGAGAGCUUACAAUGACGAGAUGGUUAUGGUCCAAACCUCGGAAGAGGCCGCGGCUGGUUCAUGAUCACAAGCGAAGACACAUUGCAAUUUUAGACUCGUAGAUAGG